ACUAAUAACAUUUUGUGAUUCGUGACUAUUUGAUAGAAUGUGUUUUAAAACACUGAACUGCUGUCUACAAAACAUAAAAGAGUUCUUUAAUGAGUGUCGCUGUAAUGAGGACUUGUUGCCAUGCAGUGGGCAUAGUGGUCUGAAGAUCCAAAUAUCUGACACUGAUAGAGUCUCCUCUGCUUCAGCAAAGUAUGAUUUUCCCUGUAUCCAAAAGUAGCUGUCAGAGGUGUGUGAAAGCGUGAUUCAUCAAGCUGAUCUGUGAUCACUCAGAGAGCCAUAUCCCGAGACAGGAGACCUGACCAGCAUUUUUAAGAGUCCUUCAUGCCUCACUACAUCCAUCAUAUUACAUUACAACUGUAAUGGACCAGGUCUCUGAGUAAACGUCUGCAGGGUGCGCACCAUGGUGCAGGAGAAGAAUGACGGGAUGAACAAAGACGUAGCCCUUCCACCAGUUCAACAAAAUAGACCUGCAUUGUCAUGGGAACUGAAGAUCAAAAAAAAGCUGACGAUUGUGCCUCCCUCUCUGGGCAAGUUCAGACCAGUCGUGGGCCAGUGCUGCCACCAGUGCACCCCAGACAGCCUGCGCAAGAAGCUCGGACAAAACAAUUUCCUUGGCUUCCGCAACCUGCUGAGUGUCAACGAGACACAAACCAGGUAUCGAGGCUGGCUGGUGCGGAGAAUGUGCUGUGCGCUGUUUGUGAGUGGGUGCAAGGUUUACGCGAGUCCUGUUAGCAACAGACUGGAGAGGGUCUGUCAGAGCAACAGGUACCUGAGGGGAAAGAGGAGGAGGAGAGAUGCCAGAGGAGGGGUGAAGGAGGCGCUCACAGCAGAGCAGAAAGCACCUGAGGGGGGAGACAGCCGUGGGCACCUCAACCGCCUCUCACCGUUCCUCCCCCUCAUUAAAACCUGCAUCUCCCCGGGCCUCUUACGAGUCGUGGGCUGGGUGAUGCUGAAGAUGUUUGCCUCAGUGCUUGGCAGUAUUCAAGUUAACCUCAACCAUCUGUCGGCUUUGCAUAAAGUCUCACAAGAGGGAUCUCUGCUGGUUUAUGUGUAUGUGCGUCAGAGCCUCAUGGACUGUGCUCUCAUCCCGCUGGUGCUCCUCUGUCACAACCUGCGAGUCCCAUACACUGUUUGUCCUCUCCAGGUUUACAGCUCCUCCCUAAGGUCGAUCCUGCAGAAAGUAGGUGUGGUCCUACUGCCACCCUCUGCACUGACUGAGCAGGAAGCUGAGAUGGACAGUCUGUACUCGCCUGUCAUGACCGCUCUGGUACGUGAGCUGCUACAUGAGGGCCAGACGAUAAGUGUUGGUGUGUCAGCGGAGUCUGGCCGAGGCGGCCAGUGGCUGGCUCGCAUCAGACAGCUCAUCAAAGAGGGAUCUGUCCCCGAUGUUAGUCUGGUCCCUGUGGGCAUCUCUUACGACUGCGUGCCCAAAGCCAACGUACAGGUUGGCUUAAGCACAGUGUUGCAGUGGCUGUGGUCUCUUCUCUGGAGGACACCAGGAGGAAGUGUGAGGAUCCACCUCGCACAGCCUUUCUCUCUCAAGGAGAUGUGCGAGUCAGGGAGGUGCAGAGUAGAUGAAUGGCUCCCUCUACAGGACCUGUUGCUGCCCGUUAUCCUCAACAACAGAGCUGACAGUGUGCUGGGGCGGAGGAGGUUGUCGUGGCUCCUGCCUUCUUCUCAUUAUGCAUCUGAACCUGAAGAACCAACUCAUCCAGAGAGAGACCUCAGCAUCACCAUCAUCCUCCACCUCAUCUUCUCUGCAACUUCCAGCAUGGCUGUGAUGUCCACCAGUCUGGUGUCCAGUCUUUUGCUGUACAAGCACCGCAAGGGUGUGAGUGCGUCGGUCCUGUGUCGUGAUGUGGCUUGGCUCACGGAGGAGCUCUUGUUCAGGAACAAAGAUGUCGGCUUUGGAGGAAGUUUAGCAGAGGUUGUCCACUAUUCCCUCUCUCUGCUUGCCCCUUACCUCGUCAUAGCUGCAGUGCCAUCUAGGAAAGACCCUUUUAUUGUGCCCCGUCCUUCACUUGCUGCCACACUUCACCUCGACCUCCAUGCUCAGAUUGUCACACACACCUUUAUCCUUGAAGCUGUUGGUGCGUGUGCGGUGUCAGCCAUGCUGUGCGAGGUGGCCAGCAGCGGCGUCAGCAGCAGGGUGAGGAGUGACGGCGUGGACGGGGAGGAGGUCAGAGGUGACAUGGAGUUUGAUGUGGUGCUCUGUCAGUCCGAGCUGACUGAGCGAGCCCUGCAGCUCUGCCAUCUCCUGCCUCCGGGCGUCAUGCCACCCUGUCAGUUGCCACAGAGUUUCGCUCUGGACGCUGUUGACAGUCUGGUACGCUGUGGCAUCCUGAUCAUGGAAGAAAUUCCCAGAGACGUCCCUAUCUGUGAUUUCUGGAAGAAAGAGGGCACUCUGACCUGGACCACCACUGACGACCCUUAUCACAGCGACUCUGAUUGCGAAGAGCAGGACCUACGUUCUUACAAGAUAAGCCAGCCAAGUCAAUGUCCAGAGAUGCUCUUCUUCCUCUGCAGUAUGCUAGCUGGACAUCUGCGCUCGCUCUGUUGGACCACAACAGCACUUGACCUCAUCGACACACCUCUGCCAGAAGCAGAGUUUGUGGCUCAGAUACACUCCCAUCUGUGUGACACAGCAGAUAAGAAGAAACAGCACUACGAGAGCUGCUCAGUGGAGGCUGCACACACUGCAGUUAGAACACUAAUAGACCUGGGGGUCCUUUCGGAGGAGCGUCAGAGGAGAGGCGUCGUCCUGGGUGUCAGCUCUUUGUUCCAGUUGUCAGAGAACAGGCAGAAACUGCACCGCUUCAUCUCACAGUACCUCUACAAUUAAUGUGUUUAACUGAGAAGCAUGACUCAAGGCCUUGACACGGCUUUGUUUUGUUGCAGAGUCUGACCUCAUCCUCCCUUAGUGUCAGAGAAACUUGGGUUCGGUGUUAAAAAAAAAGCAUGCAUGCUGAGCCGGGACGCCAGUGCCUUUAGGUUAAUUGCAUUUUGAUUUUUCAGUGAUGAGACAUUGAUUUUAAGUUUAUCUUUACUAAUAGCAUUAGCAUAAAGCCACAGGGGACGAGGAUUAUGAAGUCCCUGUAAUCAGUUGUGAGGACUCAGUGUAGGAUGAUGAUGCUCAGUGCAGCUUGUGUUUCGACCAUGUUUAUGUUGUAAUGAAGGCUGCAAGUUAAGUUUGUUACAUGUGGAAAUGUUUUAGUUCUGUGUUUUUCACAAGUUGAUUAGUUAAAACAAAUAAAUGUUCUCAUUUCAUCAUAAAUUUAA